AUGUUAGCCUCACCUCACUCCAAUACUCACACUAAGGCACCUAGUGUUCCCACACUCACAGUCCACACUCAUAAACCCAAUCUCAUGAUUCAUCCCACACCCCUCUCACCCCCCCCCCAUGCUCCCCCACCCCCUGCCUCGACCAUCACCAUCCGUCCCGUCUAUGUUCACAUCGACGAAUCUCCUCCUCCUCUCCCCUGUCGCCCUCACACCGUGACACCCACAAACCACCCCCCGUUCGUGGCUCGGAUUCUCCAAUUUCUUGUGCCUGUCACCCUGUCCCUGCACUGCGUCCGCAAUUCUUCUUUUCCCUCCUUUGGGCUCCUGGGCCACUCCUUUCUCUCCCGUCACUCGCAAUCCAAUCCAAUCCUCGUCCUCACCCCAAGACAAAUCGUCUCCAGUCUCUUCCAAUACGACAAUAUCGACGCUGCUCGCCGCCCUGUCUGGUUGACCUCGCCUAAAAAACCAAAUUCGAACGGCAUUGCGAGAUCCAGUAUCUCUGCAACCUUUGGACCACCCGAACAAGAUCACUCGACCGGGAUUGUCGAAUUACCCCCGACGGGAUUUCUCCCUUUCUUAUCAGCAAACCGCGAUUCAGCCAUAUUCCACCUCGUCUCCCCACGAAAUUUAUCCACCUCGUUCGCUACUGCCAACACGUUAGGCCUGGUUCCUACACCUCGUACAGUCACCAGACUAAUUUCGACGCAUCUCUCGCUGCCGCCAGCCUAUUGCGCAGGACACCAUUGGAAUCUGUGUAUGACCCUGGACUUGGAGGAAACAGAGGAGUCUGAUCUGCACAUCUCAUCUUCGCCAGCAACUUUCUUUCUCGCUGAGACGCUUGAAGGAAGGAGGAUCGACGCUGCUUUGGGUCUCCAGGAGCCAAAAAAAAAGGUCUACAUGCGACCGACAUCUCUGAUCCAGGUACGUUUCUUCCUCGACAUAUCUGCUCUGGCCCGCCGCCCACGUACCCGCCCCGUCUUUGAUGUUUGUUGCAUUUUCUCCCAGAAACCCCAGCAGACGCUUUCAUCCCAAGCCAUCCCGCAUCUCGACUUCAGACGCACUCUUGGCCAAUCGUCCCGAGCGAACAUUGCCCGUUUCAAACAAACUUUCGCUCUUCGUCCCAACUUCUCGAUCUACCAUCCCAACCACCAUUAA